CGGGUGUGUACGUUUCACACCUAUGAAAAACGAUGAAAAUGGCCGCGAAACAACCUUCUCAAAUGUCAGAUACGAGGGCUGAGCUCGCCGAGUUGGUAAAAAGAAGAGCUGAAAUUGGGGAAACUUUAGCAAAUUUAGAACGGCAAAUUUAUGCUUUUGAAGGCAGUUACUUGGAAGACACUGCUUUGUAUGGUAAUAUUAUUAGAGGUUGGGAUAGGUAUCUUACGAACAAGAACACAAAUAGUAAAGCAGAUAAAAGAAAUAGAAAAUUUAAAGAGGCUGAUAGAUUAUUUUCUAAAUCAUCAAUUACAUCACAUGUGGCAUGCAGUGGACUAGCAGAACCUAUACAUGAAAAAAGAGAAACUGCAAGUCCCACUACAGAAGCCCUCCCACUUAUUAAUGGGCCAACAACAGCUAUGCAGAGUAAUAGUCAUUCAGUGGCAUCACACAAUUUAGGCAGUAGUGUUGGCAGUAAUGGUAAUCUUCACGUAUCUCACAGUUCACAUGUAGGAAAAAUUCAUAAAAAUUCACAUGGUCACAAGAAAAGGAAAAAUAAAAGCAGGCACAGGCCUGAAGUCAAAUCUAAAAAAGGAAAAUUAAUGGGAGACUACUGAUGAAGAAAGAGUGUGCAUUUUUUUUUUAGUUGCUCCUGCUUGAAAUACAUUUGAAGUACUCAUUUUGCUGAAUUUUAGUUUUUAUAUAGUGUUGUGUACAUGUAGACUUAAACCUAAAAAUAUCAAUGUCUACUUUAUCGUCUGUGAUCAUGUAUCACUCAGAGCAGUCUGUUCUUGUAUCACUCAGAGUGAGUGGUCUAUAAUAAUGUUUUCUUGUCGCAAGUUUCUCAAGACUUGCGUGACUGCACUUGAAUACUUUUAUUAUUGCAUUGAAUGAAUGUCUUGUAUGUAUGUAUUUAUUGAUUGGUCAUCCUAGUCUAUGUAAACACUGCAUGAUCUGUAUAUAGUAAUGGCAUUAUUUAAAUGACUAAAAAAUGAUUUACUAGACAAAUGCCUUUUUGCCAUCAUCUUUGGACAGAACACUAGAAUCUGAAUAUUGCUAAAUUGGAACAUUUUCAACAUUGCAUUGUAUGUAUACAAGGAUAUUUAAAUACUUCUAGUGAUGCAUGUAGAUCAGAACACAAAGUAAUAUUUCAUGACCGUAGUGUUCAAUUUGUCCAGAGAUAUUUGUAGGAUAUUUAUUCAUUUUAAUGGUUUGAGUACAUCGAUUCAUAACAUUCCAUGUGAAGCAUUGUUUUAUUUUUUGCAUAUUUCACCGUGGUUUAUACUCUUCAAUGACCUGUCAGAGACAUGUAGUUAUAGUAAGUUAGAUUACUGUUUGUAUAAUCCCACCUGAAGUGGGUCUUAUUUAUGUAAAUAGAAAUAAAUUUUGUAUCUUAUUUCCUUUUA